CAAACUAGAUCAUUACUGAAACUGGUGAUGUAUAGUCACUGACGAUUAGGUGUAGUGGUGUUUGUUAUAUAUACUGCAAACAAUAAAGUAGAAGUUGUGAACAUCAUACAGUGUUACCUACGUAAAAAGGUAUUACAAUGGGUAAAAAAGUGUACGAGUUAGAUACGAAUCCUGAUGAGAAGGGUGGAAAGAAAGAUGCUUUGACACCCGAUUUUACUGACCCCAAAGAAAAAGACGCGAAAGAAGAGAAGAUUCCUCCAACAGGCUUUUUUAAAUUGUUCAGAUACGCCAGUGGUUCCGAUGUAUUCCUAAUGUUAUUAGGAACCUUGGCAGCAAUGGGUACAGGUGUAUUACAACCAUUAAAUACACUAUUGUUUGGUAAUCUAACAGGAAGUAUAGUGAAAUAUGCCGCAACACUAGGAACGCCUGAUCCAGAUGCACUUGCAAAAGCUGAAGACGCAUUUAUUGAUGACAUCAGAGAUUUUGCAGUCUACAACAGUCUAAUAGGAGCCGGAAUGCUCGUUUUAAGCUACAUCUCUACAGAAUUUUUUAAUUACACAGCACUAAAACAGAUAUUUAAAGUACGGUCACUUUAUCUGGAAAAAGUUCUUAAUCAAGAUAUAUCUUGGUACGACCUUAAUAACACCGGAGAUUUUUCAAGCAGAAUGUCAGAUGACCUUUCAAAAUUUGAAGAUGGCAUUGGAGAAAAGGUCCCAAUGUUUGUUCAUUUUCAAGCAGCAUUUGUAUCAUCGCUUAUUAUGGCUUUAGUUAAAGGAUGGGAACUUGCACUUAUCUGUCUCACUUCACUACCUGUAUCGAUGAUAGCUAUUGGAAUUAUUGGUGUGCUAUCAUCAAAAAUAGCUAAAAAGGAACAGGAUGCUUAUGCCACUGCUGGGUCUAUCGCAGAAGAAGUAUUUACAUCAAUUCGAACAGUUAUAGCCUUUGGUGGCCAGCACAAGGAAAUAACCAGAUACGAUCGCGAGCUAGAGUUUGCAAGAAAAAAUAAUGUUAAACGACAAUCAAUGACUGCAACAGGAUUUGGUUUAUUAUGGUUCUUUAUUUACGGCAGUUAUGCACUUGCGUUUUGGUAUGGAGUGAAAUUAGUGUUAGAACAAAAAGGUGAUCCCGAUGCAACAUACGAUCCUGCAACUAUGGUGACAGUCUUCUUUAGUGUAAUGACUGGAAGUAUGAACUUUGGAAUUUCAUCACCUUAUAUAGAGGCUUUUAGUGUAGCAAGAGCAGCUGGAACAAAAGUUUAUCAAGUUAUAGACAAUAUCCCUGUUAUUAAUUUAUCCAAAGGAAAAGGAGAAACAAUUCAGAAUCUCAAGGGAAAUAUUACAUUUAAAAAUGUCAGCUUUACUUAUCCGUCCAGACAAGAUGUUCCGAUUUUACAAGGACUUGAUUUAACAAUAAAAUCAGGCGACACUGUGGCGCUGGUAGGAAGUUCUGGUUGCGGUAAAUCAACUUGCAUACAGCUAAUUCAACGAUUUUACGAUCCACUCUCAGGAGAGGUUACUCUUGAUGGCAAAAAUAUUAAAGAUCUUGAUCUUACUUGGCUACGAAGCAACAUAGGGGUUGUAGGACAAGAACCAGUACUCUUUGGUACAACGAUAAUAGAAAACAUUAGGUAUGGCAACCAAGAGGCCACAGACGAGGAAAUUAAACAAGCAGCGAUAAAAGCUAAUGCACAUGAAUUUAUCAAAGCUCUUCCUUCGGGAUAUGAAACUUUGGUCGGUGAGAGAGGAGCACAGUUGUCUGGCGGUCAAAAACAAAGAAUAGCAAUCGCUAGAGCUUUAGUUAGAAAUCCUUCCAUUCUUCUUUUGGAUGAAGCAACAUCAGCUUUAGAUACAAGUAGUGAAGCUAAAGUGCAAGCUGCAUUGGACAAAGCUAGCAAAGGCUGUACAACUAUUAUAGUGGCUCAUCGUUUAUCAACCAUUCGCCAUGCACACAAAAUCGUUGUUAUAUCGAAAGGCAAAGUUGUUGAGCAAGGUGAACACCACGAAUUAAUGGAUCUUAAAGGAGAAUACUUCAAACUUGUUACCGCGCAAGUUGGCGCAAGCGGAACCGAACAUGAUAACAAACAAGAUGAUAAUAAGCAACUUGUGGAAUUUGAAGAUUUGCGAAAGGCUUCUGUCAUAAAUAAUGCAGAAGAUUCCGAAGAAGUAGAAGCAGAAGAAGAUCACACGAGCGUGUCUUUAUGGGAAAUUGUAAAGAUGAAUCAACCCGAGUGGAUUUCUAUUGUCAUAGGUUGUGUUGCGUCUAUCACAAUGGGUUGUUCCAUGCCUGCAUUUGCCGUUAUAUUUGGCGAUAUAAUGGGAGUAUUAGCCAAGAAUGAUACUGACCUCGUUCGAAGCGAAACUAACACUUACUGCAUAUAUUUCGUAAUUGCUGGUGUUGCAUCUGGAAUAGCAACAUUUUUACAAAUAUUCAUGUUUAGUUUAGCCGGUGAAAGUUUAACUAAGAGACUUCGUAGCUUGAUGUUUCAAUCUAUGUUACGCCAGGAAAUGGGAUGGUAUGAUGUAAAAGACAAUGGUGUUGGCGCAUUAUGUGCUAGACUUUCUGGAGAAGCUGCACAUGUCCAAGGGGCAACUGGUCAAAGAAUUGGUACCAUUUUGCAGUCAAUAGCUACGUUGGGACUUUCAGUGGGAUUAUCUAUGUAUUAUGAAUGGAAACUCGGGCUUGUCGCACUAGCAUUCACACCACUCAUCCUCAUUGCCAUAUUUCUGCAACAUAGAUUGAUGACUAUAGAAAACGACGCUCAUCAUAAAUCUUUGCAAAAGUCAACCAAGCUCGCUGUUGAAGCAGUAGGUAACGUCCGAACUGUAGUAUCUUUAGGAUGUGAAGAAACUUUUCAUAAAGUCUACAUUUCUUUUUUAACUCCACACCACAAGAAAACUCUACGCAAUACUCAUUUUCGAGCAGUUGUCUUGGGAUUAGCAAGAAGUUUGAUGUUUUUUGCUUAUUCGGCUUGCAUGUAUUAUGGAGGUUUUCUUAUUAAAGAUGGAUUACCAUAUGAAGAUGUAUUUAAGGUGUCACAGUCGCUUAUCAUGGGAACUGUAUCUAUCGCCAAUGCUUUGGCAUUUACCCCUAACUUGCAAAAAGGUUUAACUGCUGCAAGUAGAAUUAUAAGACUGUUGAAUCGAGUUCCUCUUAUAAGAGACGAAAGGGAUGCAAAAGAUCAAAACUGGGAAAGUGGUAGUAUUGAAUACAAUAGUAUAUAUUUUUCAUACCCAACUAGACCAAAUAUCUCUGUACUUAAGGGUAUAAAUUUAUCUGUCCUGAAGGGAAAAACAGUAGCUCUCGUUGGACCUAGUGGUUGUGGAAAAUCAACUUUAAUACAGUUGAUUGAAAGGUUUUACGAUCCUAUUGAAGGUAACCUUACAGUCGAUGGAGAAGAUAUAAAGAAUAUUAAAUUGGAAUCCCAUCGUUCACAUCUUGGCAUAGUUUCACAAGAGCCAAAUCUUUUUGACAAAACAAUUGGAGAAAACAUUGCAUAUGGAGAUAACUCUAGAACCGUUGAAAACGAUGAGAUCAUAAAAGCUGCGAAAAACGCCAACAUUCAUAAUUUUAUUUCUUCUUUGCCUUUGGGCUAUUCCACCCGACUUGGAGAAAAAGGAACACAAUUAUCAGGCGGCCAAAAACAAAGAGUUGCUAUUGCUAGAGCUCUCGUGCGAAACCCAAAACUCUUACUGUUAGACGAAGCAACGUCAGCUCUUGACACAGAAAGUGAAAAGGUUGUACAAGAAGCAUUAGAUAAUGCCAAAAUAGGACGAACGUGUAUCACGAUUGCUCAUCGUCUGACGACUAUUCAAGAUGCAGAUGCCAUUUGUGUAAUAGACAAGGGAAUUGUAUCGGAAUUGGGAACACACUCAGAACUAUUAGCUAAAAAAGGACUUUAUUACAAAUUACAUUCGUUGCAAAACAAAGAUUAAGAAGUCACGGUGAAUCCUACACUAGAGUAUUUAUUUAUGUAUAUUUUUAAUUAUUUGUGUGUGUCUGAAACUUGUACAUUGUGCUAUAAUAUCUCUCAAUAAAUUAUUUUUGUAAAUA